UAUCAAUAGACUUUAUGCGGCCAGCGUCGGUGGUCGUCCAGCCGGCCGCCGGGUCGCGUCGAACUGUGCGCUUCAAUAAACGAUCGAUCGCGACGAGCUUGCUCUUUGGUCUAAACGCCGCUGUGAUGCCACUGAAGGCGUACAUCUCGGAGCCACUGCCGUGGGCACUUGAAAACCGCCACGACUGGAUCACCGACUGUGGGGUGAAUCAAACAGCGUGCACAAAUGCUCUUUUGGCGUUCGGGUACAACUACAGUCAGCGCAUCCUCCCGGGCCGCUCGGUUACGUUCGGGCCUGGAUACGAUAUCACGCGCACCGCCGUGAGCCUCAACCAAGGCGAUACGACAUCAUUUCUGGUGCAAAUGCCGGUGUCGCAGUAUUACUCGAUUGAUCUCCGCCGGGAUGCCCUCGCUCUCGGCGCUGGCAGGCUUCCUGACAACGCUUUUUCCGGCGUUUUUGUGUCCGUCUUUCUCGGAUUCCCCAUGGCGUAUACGACGUUGUGGUCGAUCAACGCGUCCGCGUCCUCCGUUGACAUCUACGUCUCGUCGCAGUUGCCCCUGUUUUCGCCCAUAUACGGAGCAACCAAGUUUGGUGGGCGCGUCUUGGUCACACUCUACAUUCUGUGGCUCAUGUGGGUCCGGUACUACCGUGCGUAUCUCCACUUGAAGCGCAACCUGUUGGAUUAUGGCCUUCAGAACGGCGCGACAUCAUUUGAAAUCAUUCUCGGUGACCCCACCAGUAUCAUUCUUGUCAACCCGCUCGUGGCUGCCGCGUUCCUAUUGGAUACUGUGAGCAGUGUCGACUACCUCAGUCGCUGCAUGGUGCGCGUGUGUCAAGUCAAUGAUCUCGUCGUUUUUGGCCUUGCGACAUUGUACCUCUCGCGAACGCUUUGGUUUGCAUACGCUGGCCUUGGCGUCGCUUCUGCCCUCCUCAAGAAAGUUAAGACUGUGCGCUUUGCCGCCCUCGAUACAACAACCACAGCACUUGCUGUGUCGGUGCUCGCGGGGCCGUUGACGUAUCUCCAGUCGCGCACGAUGGUGUGCAUUGACUUGUAUUUUUGGGCGGGGACGGGUAUCGUUCGCGUCCCCAACAACACGAUCGAGACGGCGUUCAUGUGCGUCAUUUACAUUUCGACGAUUGCCCUGCUUCCCAUCGCCGUCGGCAUUGCGUACCCGCUGCUUCGCCCGCCGCGCAAUGUCCGGUCGUUAUCGACAACGGCUACGCUCGCAGUGACGCAGGAUCUCAAGAAACGAUGCAUUCUAGCCUUGGCCACCACAUCACUCUGCCGACGGCGUCGCGUGGCCCCCACGACGUCCACGAGCAGCUUUGUCGACGGCGGCACGUUCCAUGUGCUCGCUCACCAAUACCCAAUGUACCGCAAUUACUUGUGCAUGAGUCAGAAGAGCGCCGACUGCCAUGUUUUGUGUACCUCAGUGGGACAGCCCCAGCGACGUGUAUGCUUGACUCUGCUCUUUUUCACUGACCUCCCAGUUGUCCCUGCGAUGGAGCCCGCCGCAGUCGGUACGAUACAAGGCGACGUGUUUGGCGCACAUGUCAUCCACCAAGGUCGACGUGCGUCACCUUGGGUCCAAUAGCUAGCCCAACACAAUUUUUACCAAUCCAAUCGCAUUACUAGUGUGUGCUAGCUGUGUAUCAUAGGCCACUCAUUUAUGUUGGAAGCUUGGUAAUGCUGCAAAUAAACCCUUG